UUGUCCUAUCAAUGUAACCCACGCUACAAGUAUGCCGAAGCCAGACCUUCGGCGUGCACAAAAGUUGGAUUCCGAGCUGAGUGGAGCCCCCGUCCCGCGUGCGAAUUGAUUAAAUGCAAAGUGUCACUGCCGCCCAUUGAUGGAACCAGCUACAAACCUGCUCACACGUCCUUGUUUACACCUGGCGCCACACUCAACGUCACAUGUGGAGCUCGCCACUGGAUUUCAACCACGCAACAGAUCUCGGCGGUAUCCACAUGCAAAAACGACGGGAAAUGGAGCAUUAGACCAAUAUGUCAGGAGGUGACCUGCAGUAACCAAAGGGACCCCAGCGUAUGGCGAUGGGACAUCUAUUGGGGGCAGAGCGUAAGAUUGGGUACUUCUGUUGACUUUACCUGUCGGUCAGGCUACAAGAGAACAAAUGGCUCCCCAAAGGUCACAUGCACCAGAGACGGGUGGAAACCAAAUCCACCCUGCCAAGAAAUAACAUGUGACAGCAGGGAUAUCCAGAGUGCAAACAUCGCUGACGGUGGCAAGCAAAUAUAUAAAAAUUAUGAAACGGCCUAUUUCACGUGCAAAGGUUCUCAAGACUGGUUUAGCCUAACUUGUUCUGAAAACGGCUGGCAGGGAAAUGUGUAUUGCCGAGGUAAGAAAGAACACUACAAAUGUAUUCAUUUUUAAUCUACGACUGCAUGUUGAAAGGAUGAGCUGUUUUUUUGUCAGUCCAUUUGAAAGCUAUUACUGUGCUUGUAUAUAACGCACACAUUUGUAUUUAUUAUCCCAUUUUGCAUGUAUGUCAAUUAAUAGCAACCACGUAGACAUUUUAAUUACUGCACUUGAUUAUGUCAGGAAAAAGGUAUAAACACCAUGUUUCGAAGUACAGUACAUAUGCGUCGCUAUUUGGACAUCCCUAAGGGACUUGGAGCAUAGACGUGAAAACUAAAAAGACAUUCCAAACAUUAACAAUCAAUAUUUAUAAUAAUCUGUUUGACACAAACAUUAAAUGAAUAAACCAAGAUAACAUACCGUGUGGCCCUUGUAAACCGACAGUACAUCAAUUGAAAAUACAGUAAACGAGACAUUACGUUUCGUCUCUCCCUUCCGCAAUCCCCCCAAUUCCUUCGCGCCAUCCGGCAUACGUGACCCAAACCGGAAGUGAAGUGUUCUUUCAGAAAAUAUUAAAAAUAA